AUGGCGGUUGAAUCCGAUGUGUUGCCUCCGCUAACGCGCCUCCCUCCUGAUGAGGCCCUCAGUUUUAUCUGGAAGAUAACCCGAUCAAUUUUAAUACUUGUUUUUGUCAUUUUCGCAGUGAUCCCUGCAUUAUGUGGCACCGUGUACCCUCCUUUUUCAGCUUUGUGGGAUGUCAUAGCUGCGAUAUCUCCAUACACGUGGGGUUCCGUGGGAAUAGGUAUCGGUAUUUCCCUUUCCAUCGGUGGUGCGGCAUGGGGAAUAUUGACAACUGCUUCGUCUCUUAGCGGAGCGGCAAUCCGUGCACCUCAGAUACGGAGCAAGAAUCUUAUAUCCAUAAUUUUUUGUGAAGCUGUUGCCAUCUAUGGUGUUAUCUUAUCCAUUAUUAUGAUGGGUAAGAUGGAAGCAGAUGGAAAAGCAGUGGACAGCAGUGGGAUCUUCACUUAUCGUGCAGCUGCAGCUGGUUUUACGCUUUUUGCAGCUGGUUUGGCAGUUGGUCUUGGGAAUAUGUGCUGCGGAAUUGCUGUUGGUGUUGUCGGGAGCAGUUGCGCCAUUGCUGACGCUCAUAGCAGCUCACUAUUCGUGAAGAUACUUGUAAUUGAAAUUUUUGCUUCAGCACUUGGUAUAUUCUCCGUUAUUGUUGGUAUUCUCAUGGCCCAAAAGGCGGUGAUGGUAUAA